CAGCCGGAAGGGGCGGGGCUGAGGCGGCGGCGGCUGAGAAGGUAGUGGUGGCGGCGGCGGCCACGGCGGCUUUGGAGGCCGCGCUCCCGGUCCUGGCUUCGGCCCCAGCCCCACCAUGGUGACGCUCGCUGAGCUGCUGGUGCUCUUGGCCGCCCUCCGCACGGCCUCGGGCUACUUCGUCAGCAUCGACGCACAUGCCGAGGAGUGCUUCUUCGAGCGGGUCACCUCGGGCACCAAGAUGGGCCUCAUCUUCGAGGUGGCCGAGGGCGGCUUCCUGGACAUCGACGUGGAGAUUACAGGGCCUGAUAAUAAAGGAAUUUAUAAAGGAGACCGGGAGUCCAGUGGGAAAUACACAUUUGCUGCUCACAUGGAUGGAACAUAUAAGUUUUGUUUUAGCAAUAGGAUGUCCACCAUGACUCCAAAGAUAGUGAUGUUCACCAUUGAUAUUGGGGAGGCCCCAAAAGGACAAGACAUGGAAACAGAAGGUGGUGGAGAUACCUGGGAUGCUCAUCAGAACAAGCUAGAAGAAAUGAUUAAUGAGCUUGCAGUGGCAAUGACAGCUGUAAAACAUGAACAGGAAUACAUGGAAGUUCGGGAGAGAAUACACAGAGCAAUCAAUGACAACACAAACAGCAGAGUGGUCCUUUGGUCCUUCUUUGAAGCUCUUGUUCUAGUUGCCAUGACAUUGGGACAGAUCUACUACCUGAAGAGAUUUUUUGAAGUCCGGAGGGUUGUUUAAAAGGCCUUUUCCUAAUGAUCCCAAGCGCAUAAUUUCACUGUUUACCAAACGUCUUGGUCAUAAUAAUGCAUCAGUUUCUACAUUUUUAUUUUUUGAACUGUACAUUCACAGCUUAUGUUUCUUUGUGAUUAAUAGAUUUGGGGGAAACACCUUUUUAGGAAAGUUAUAGUGAGAAAUUUAUGUUUGAUUGGCAUAGUUUCAUAUUUGAAUUCUGCCUCCAUUACACAGAUCCUUCCAGAACUCAAACACUGUAAGUGGAAUAUAGGUGUAUAGUCCUUAUAUCUUCUCCUUUUGUUUUCAUAAUAAAAUGCAGUUUGUUCAGGAUAGUACUUUAUUGAUAGUACUUUACUAAAAUGACUGCAUUCUUGUGAUCCCUUAUCCUGCAGUUCAAGUCAUUAAAGAUUCAGUUUGUUGAGUCCCUAUGAGAAACAACUGUCUGAAUCUUGACGUUUUCUCUCCAGCCUGAAGGUUGGUACUUUUAUCCUUUGUCUAUCUUGUUUUUGCUUUAAAGAUAAGACUUAUUAAUCCAACAACAUUUUUCCUCCUAAAGUUUUACUUUGAACCUUGCUUUGAAUUCAGUCACCUCCACUUAAAAUUAUUGACACAAACAGCUAAUCACCAUUUUUUGGUUUCUGCCUAACCUUUUAAGAAGGCUCUAUUAGAGCCAUUUCUCUGGGUGUUUCAGCGAAUGGUAACACUUAUUCUUUCUCUGCUGGCACAUCCCCUUUCUCCACUUUUGGCAUGUUGGAGGUAUGCAUUCACUUAAUUGGAAAAAUCUGGGUUUCUGAUGCCAAA